AAAUUUCAAUAUAAUAAGUUGCUUAUAUCAAAAUUCAAAAGUCCCUCUUGCCUAGUUAUAUUUGUCAAAAUCAUUUCGACUCUUUAAUUCAUUAAAAACUAUUUCUUCAAACAUACAACUGAUUACACUUUCGAGAGGAUUACCAAUUCAUAAUGAAUCGUUUUUGCCAAGCUCUAAAGACCAAAAUAUGGAAACGCAUAAAUCUAUUUUCAUUUCAACUUAGAGCAAGCAAUACCAAUGUUAAUUUGAAACCACAAUUAAACGACACCGAAAAUGUAGAACAGAAAUUACAGAUGGAUGAGCCAGGGAAGUGCAAUUUUCCACCCAGUGAGCGAUAUUUGAAAUUUAAGGAGAAACUACGUUCCGAGGCGCCACUUGCAGAUCUUCCCAAAGGAGCAGCACAUCCGGCUCAUGAGAAAGAGCCGCUCCAACCUUGGCCGAAUAAUACAAAUCCUUAUACUGGAGAAAUCGGUGGACCAGCGGGACCCGAACCCACGCGCUACGGUGACUGGGAACGCAAGGGGCGGGUCACGGAUUUCUAGAAACCAAGAAAACAGACAAACGAACGAAUCAUUUAUUUUCUUCCCCCUUUCUUUUUUGUUGAUUUAUUGUCCAUGUUGAACAACAGAAGCACUUAAAAUUUGUUACACUUCGCAUGAAAAGAAAA